GAUAUAUCACCAUGUGUGGUGAAGCGUGUAUAGAAUGUUUUUCUAGGUGGAGAUUAUGGAUAAGGCCUCUUUUUAUUCUUUUAUAUGCCUUAGCUGCUUUAGUCUUUGUACCAUUAUUUUUAGUUAAAUCCUUGGAAGAUGGUUUUAAUAAACAUGAUCAAGAGAUUCUUAUAGGUGGUAUUUUUGUAUGGGUUGCCAUUCCUUUAUCUUUUUGGGAAAUUAUACAGCAUGUCAUACAUUAUGUUCAGCCUAGGCUACAGAAACAUGUUAUUAGAAUAUUAUGGAUGGUUCCAAUCUAUGCCAUUAACGCAUGGUUGGGACUUAUUUAUCCAGAGCAAUCAGUAUAUGUAGAUAGUAUAAGAGAAUGCUACGAGGCCUUUGUCAUCUAUAACUUUAUGAAAUUUCUUUUAAAUUAUUUAAAUAUGGAAAUGGAUCUAGAAGCAAAUUUGGAGCUAAAGCCGCAAGUAAAGCAUAUAUUCCCUCUUUGUUGUUUGCCGGAAUGGGAAAUGGGCAGGGAAUUUGUUCAUAUUUGCAAGCAUGGAAUAUUACAGUAUACAGUAGUGAGGCCUUUAACUACAGCUAUUUCUUUCGUAUGUAAGAAUUUCGAUGUAUAUGGAGAUGGUCAAUUUAAGGCAAAUGUGGCGUUCCCGUAUUUGACAGCAGUGAAUAAUGUUUCACAGUUUAUAGCCAUGUACUGUCUGGUAAUGUUUUACAAAGCGAGCGUUGCUGAAUUAAAACCUAUGAAACCACUGCCCAAAUUUUUGUGCAUAAAAGCCGUUGUAUUCUUUUCGUUUUUCCAGGGAGUGCUCAUACAAUUAGCCGUCUACUUUGAGUUCAUUAAACCCGGCGCAGAUUCUCCGGAUCAAGGUCUAAGUCUUUCUACGAGACUCCAAAAUUUCUUAAUUUGCAUCGAGAUGUGUUUGGCUGCAAUUGCCCAUCACUACAGUUUCUCUUAUGAACAAUACCUAAUGCCCGGAUCGCCUAGCAGAAACCAAUCCUGUUGUUCAUCGUUCCUGGCCAUGUGGGAUAUUUCUGACGUGCAUACGGAUAUUAGGGAACAUAUAGGAAUAGUUAGUAGUUCAAUAAGUAGAAGAAUCAGAGGUAGAAGCAUGUACAGCAUUCCAAGAGGCGAAGAUGAAUACGCGAAUUUAGUGUCGUCCAGGGGAGCGCACAGCAUGCCGAAUCCAGGGUAUUACCAGAACGAUAGUGAGGAUAUAAUUGUUAAUUAUGGUACUGUAAGUUCUAGUCAAACGGCCAAAGUGCAUAAUAAUAAAUACAGUACGUAACCCGCGAAAAGAUAAGA